CCUACUCACAACUUCCACCACAAUGAUUGUUCCACUUUCGACAGACUCGACCAUUCUCAUUAUUGGAGCCGGGACGUGGGGAAUUUCUACAGCUCUGCACCUGAAGAGGCGAGGAUAUAAGCACGUCACUCUUCUCGAUCCUUACCCUGUACCGUCACCCAUAUCCGCUGGUAACGACGUCAACAAGAUUCUCGAGCUGGGAACCUUCGCCGCUGGUGCCGACUCGGACGAACGCUUCGUCGCAAAUACUUUGAUUGAAGAAGCAACCAAAGGAUGGCUGCAGGAUCCUGUCUUCAAACCCUACUUCCACGAAACGGGCUGUAUCAUCGCUGCAAGUUCAGAGGCCGGUCGCGUUCAUAUGAACUCUGCCAGUGGUCCUAGCGAGAGCACGGGCUGGCUGCCNCUCAGGACGAAAGAAGACUUCCAGGCAACGAUGCCAAAAGGUGUUCUGACGGGAGAGUUUCCUGGCUGGAAGGGCUGGUGGAUGAAGAAGGGCUCCGGCUGGAUACACGCAAGAAAGUCCAUGGAAAGCGCAGCAAGAGAAGCAGAACGCCUUGGCGCGGUUUUCAUCAACGGUGAGGAAAAGGGCAAAGUCGAAAGUCUCAUCUACGAAGACGGCGAUGUCAAAGGAGCCAAGACACUAGAUGGCGUCGAGCACCGAGCAGACCGCACGAUACUUUGUGCUGGUGCAAAUGCUGGUAUAAUCUUCGACAUGAAAGAUCAACUGCGUCCUACAGCCUGGACUCUAGCUCACAUCAAGAUGACGAAGGAAGAGCUACAACUAUUCAAGAAUCUGCCAGUCCUAUUCAACAUUGAGCGAGGUUUUUUCAUGGAGCCUGACGAAGACAAGGGUGAGCUAAAGAUGUGUGAUGAGCACCCCGGCUACUGCAACUGGACGGUCGAUCCACAGAACUCCCAACGAUCGAGUGUUCCGUUUGCGAAGCAUCAAAUCCCCAAGGAGGCAGAAGAAAGAGCCAGAGGCUUCCUGCGCGAGACAAUGCCACAUCUUGCCGACCGACCAUUCAGUUUUGCUCGUAUCUGCUGGUGCGCAGAUACUCCCAAUCGCGCGUUCCUGAUCUCUAAGCACCCUGAUUAUCCUAGCUUUGUGCUUGGGUGUGGUGCCUCGGGCCAUGGCUUCUGUCACAUCCCAGUCAUCGAUGCCAUGGAAGACAAGCUGGAUCCACGUAUGAAACACAGCUUCCGUUGGCGUCCAGAGACGGCUGUAAACCGCAAGUGGGAAGACCUGCAAGAUAGAUUUGGCCCUGAAGGAUCUAACAGAAUGAUGAACUUCGGUGACAUAGUGGAAUGGACAAAUAUUCAGCCAGAUAUUGCAGAAGCCAAGCUC